AAAAAGAAUUAUUUAAUUUAACAAAAUUCGGGGAAAAGAGAACUGCAAAAAUACCAAAUUCAUCCCAUCUUAUCCAAUAUUCUUCUUGUACCCCCUCAAACAUCUCUGGAAAAUUGAAGAUAGUUGAUCAGAUAUGAUGGCGGCAAUCAGAAUUGUAUCAAUAACCUCACAAUCACACCAACCACCAUCACCACCAUUUCCGACAAUACCAAAACAAGAAUUACCCACUUCAAUAACAACAACAAGAAGAGCAUUUGUUUCAGUUUGCAGUGUAUCAUCUCUAAUUUCAUUAAUUCAACCUCCAAAUCUCUUUGCUCAAACUCCUUCUUCUUCUCCUCCUUCUCCUUCAACUAAUAGAACAAUUCUUUCGGGCAUUACCAGCACUAAAUCUUGGUUUCGGUUCUUUGGUGAUGGAUUUUCCAUUCGAGUCCCUCCUGAUUUUCAGGACAUCAUGGAGCCUGAGGAUUAUAAUGCUGGUUUAUCUCUGUACGGAGAUAAAGCUAAACCAAAGACAUUUGCAGCACGGUUUGCUACACCUGAUGGAUCUGAAGUUUUAAGCGUUGUCCUUCGGCCAUCUAAUCAACUCAAGAUCACAUUUUUAGAGGCCAAAGAUGUUUCUGAUUUUGGUACAUUAAAGGAAGCAAAGAAAAUUUUUGUUCCAGGUGGGACAGAUCUAUAUUCUGCACGAGUCAUAAAAAUAAAGGAAGAUGACGGUUACAGGACCUAUUAUUUCUAUGAAUUUGGGAAUGAUGAUCAGCAUGCUGCAUUAGUAGCUGCAGUCAAUAGUGGAAAGACAAUUAUCGCCGGAGUGAUUGCGCCACAGUCUAGAUGGGACAAUGAUGGUGUAAAGCUUCGGUCUGCGGCUGUUUCAUUGACAGUUCUAUGAGAGUGAAGAUUUGCUUACAUUAGAGUGAAAUUUUUUUGAUCAUGAAUCUCAAAGAUGUAUAGAGAUUAUUCUUUUUCAUAUAUAAUUAAAAAUAUCUCUAAUGUGUGCACUAAAGUUUAAUCUAAAUUUAGUGUAUAGAAUGAAUCUUUUUGGCA